UUCUUUUCUAUUUGCCAUAUUACAGAAAAGCGUUUUCGUUUUAUUUAACAGCUUUGUAUAAAUUUAUAUCAUUGAAGAAUCUCUAUAAUCUAGUAUUAUAAUUUCCUGAAGCGGAUGAGAAUUCGGAAAAAAAUAAUCUUUCUAAGAAAAAUGAUCCCAAAUUUUCAUGUUCGCCUAUGUCUGUGUAUAUUAGCUUUAUCGUCGUUUUCCUCCUGCGACAAAAAUGGAACCUCGACUACAGCGAGCACAAAAAUAACAUUCGAUGUAAAUUCUACUGCAGCGACGACAACACACGCAGAAGAAAAGGAUAAUGUUUUUACAGUUCACAUGCACGAUGAUGGGGAUAUGCUCUGCAUCGUAAAUUUUGGUGAUUGUAUGAAUGCAAAUGAUACUUGCUCAGACGACAGGGCGUUUUUAAAAGGACUUUGCUCAGACUCACCAAGAAGAUUAUGCUGUGCUCCGAUGCAACGAGAAAUGACUUCAUGGGAAAGCAAAGACGAAGAUUGUAUCAGUCAAUUUGGUGAGUGCAUGUUGGACACAAACAACUGCUCAGGAACGUUUAAAGAUUUCACAUGCGGAGGACCAUCACACAGAAGAUGCUGUACACCAGAUGCCAAAGACGCUGCAGAAUGGAUAAAGGACGAUAAAAUCUGUGAACAGUCUCUGGGAACUUGCCAACUGAAUUUGAGAGAAUGCAAAGGAGAGUAUCAAGUUGGAACGUGUGGAGGACCGCAACAGAGACAAUGUUGUCUCCCGGGCAAUGAUGUUAAGACUGAAUGGAAAAAUCACGACGCAAAAUGUUAUGAAAACUGGGGUACAUGUACUGCUGCUGUAAAAUCGUGCUCGGGUAAACGAAACAAAUCGAUGUGUGGAGGUCCUGAUGAGCGACAAUGUUGCGUUCCAGAUAAAGCAACGGUGAAGGCCUGGGCAAAAGAUGAUGACAAAAAAUGUCUUCUCGAAUUUGGUUCUUGUCAGCAUGAUUCAGCAAAUUGCACCGGAAAAAUCGAAGACGGCAAAUGUGGUGGUCCAUCAUAUAGGAAGUGUUGUAUUCCAGAUAUAAAAAAUUUGGAAAUUUGGAAGAAGGAUGAUGAUUUGUGCAAUGAGAAAGGGGGUCAAUGUCAGAGCAUUGCAACACCAUGUCACGAAAAAUAUCAAGAAGGAUUUUGUGGAGGUCCAGCAAAAGUUCGACAAUGUUGCAUUAAACCAGUUAAAGAAGGAGAAGUGCUUGGAACGGAGAAACCGGAUGAAGACAAAAAAGAGGCGCCAGCAACGCCGAAAAACACUUCAACUGAAUCAAUAAUGAAACGAUUUUCCUCGAAUUUAACAUUGCUACUGAGUGUGUCAAUUCCCGCCCUGGCUAUUAUGAUAAUAGCUUUGUAUUGUCUUAUUAAAAAGCGCGGAACAUGUUGCAGACCAUACAAGAAAUUGAAAACACACAAGACACCUUGGUAUAAGAUGGAAUAUAAUGAAAUUGAACCAUUUUCAGUGGAUGACGAUGAAGAUGUCAACUUAACUGCAUCCGAAGAAUCUAAAACAUAUGCUUAGAAUUAUAAACCAAAUGAGAUCAACAAUGAACAUCAAAUCUUU